GCAAAAGAGAAUAAGAGGAGAGGGUGACACUGCACGGAUUGGCUCUUAAGCCGCUUGGAAGCUUUGAUUUAAACUCAAGUGGACCCCUUUAAAGAGACGAAUAGAGGAAGCAAUUGCAUUUUCUAGAAUUGUAUCCUAACUGGGAUAAUCACCCUUGGACUGGAAUAUCAUGAUUUUUGGAGUGCCAAACAAUUGCUAAUUAGAGUAAUUCUUAACAUUUGUUGACAUUUGAGUUUGGUACUUUCCGAAGGGUAACUAUACUUCUCCGCAUUCCCGUUUGUUUCUUUCUGAUUUUACUUUUAAGGGGAAAAAGAACACAGUAAUAAUCAAGGGUACAUAUAGAGUGCAUCUCGGUGGAACAGGUGCUUUGUUGUGGAGCGGAGUGAUUCCUGUUGUGUCAGCAUGGUGCAGACACCUUUUCUAGGCAAAGAAAGAGACCAGUGACGGCCAGGACCGAUCGAGAUGAAGAACAUUAGCGGGGUUUUCCAAUUCUGCCUCACUCGGAUGGAGUGGUUCUACCCAUAGAGGAUCUUAAAAUAAUUAGCCAGAACCCAGCAGAGAACAUGCUACAGUUUGGUUAAAGAACCUAGCUAUCAGAGUGGGCACCAGAUAACAUCUUGGAACCUCUGUUGUAGAACAGUUGGGAGAAAGGGAACUAGUGGAACAAACAGGAAUCAUCACACCACAAGGUCAGAAAGAGAAAGAAGUGUGUCCACUAGGACAGAGACUGUUUGUGGCAGCAGGGGGAUCUGUCCAUGUCCAUUUCCUGUAAUACCCAAUUCUGUUUUGCGUCCAGUUUCUCGUCCGUGUCCCAUCCUCCACUCUGUCCACUGAGGUGGAUCAGUGACUCUCUGGCGCCCCACUGGCUGAGCCUGUCUCGGUCAUGACUGUGGUUGGGGCACACCGCUACAGCAUUGUGUCCUCGGAGGAAGAAGGUCUGCGUCUCAGCACCAUGCCAGCUGUUACCAUGGGCAACGGCUUUGGCAAUGGCAAGAUCCACACGACGGGUCGCAAGUGCCGCAGCCGCUUUGUGAACAAGAACGGGCAGUGCAACGUGCGCUUUUCACACAUGGACGAGAAGUCUCAACGUUACAUGUCGGACAUCUUCACCACAUGCGUGGACAUCCGCUGGCGCUGGAUGUUUCUGAUGUUCACCCUGGUGUUUGUGGUGUCCUGGCUGGCUUUUGGCCUGGCCUUCUGGGGGAUUGCAAAGCUUCAUGGGGACAUGGAUAACCCAGGUGGUGGCAAUGAUAACUUUACCCCCUGUGUAUUGCAGGUCAACAGCUUCGUGGCUGCCUUCCUGUUCUCCGUAGAGACGCAGACCACCAUUGGCUACGGCUUCCGCUGCGUGACCGAGGAGUGCCCCAUAGCUGUCUUCAUGGUGGUCUUUCAGUCAAUCUUCGGCUGCAUAAUUGACUCCUUCAUGAUCGGCGCCAUAUUGGCCAAGAUGGCACGACCUAAGAAGCGUGCGGAGACACUGCUGUUUAGCAACAAUGCGGUGAUCGCCAUGCGGGACGGCAGGCUGUGCCUCAUGUGGAGAGUUGGCAACCUGAGGAAGAGCCACAUGGUAGAGGCCCACGUCCGGGCCCAACUCAUCAAGCCCCGCAUUACAGAAGAGGGUGAGUACAUCCCCUUGGACCAGAUCGAUAUCAACGUUGGGUACGACACAGGCAUUGACCGUAUCUUCCUAGUCUCCCCACUCACCAUUGUGCACAAGAUCGAUGAGGAGAGCCCCCUGUUCGGCAUCAGUAAACAGGAUCUGGAAUUGUCCGAUUUUGAAAUAGUAGUGAUACUUGAAGGAAUGGUUGAAGCCACAGCUAUGACAGCACAGGCUCGCAGCUCCUAUCUGUCUUCUGAGAUCCUGUGGGGUCACCGCUUCGAACCUGUAGUCUUUGAGGAGAAUAGCCAGUACAAAGUGGAUUACGCUCAUUUCCACAAAACUUUUGAGGUGCCGUCCACUCCCCUGUGCAGUGCCAAGGAAAUGGCAGAGAAUGAAGAUGAGAACAAUAUUUCUACACCAACAGCCAACUCUUUCUGUUAUGAGAACGAGUUGGUCUUCAACAGCCGGGAUGAGGAUGAUGAGGAUGGGGAUGAGGAUGGCAAUAGGGCGCCAGAACUGGAGAGAUUACAGGCCACCAUCAGCCUUGACCAGAGGUCAUUUCGUAGAGAAUCUGAGAUAUGACAUUUGGACCAUUUAUAAUAUUUUUCUUGUUACUCACGUUCUAGCAGGGUGAAUACAUGCAAAACAAUGCAAGUGCCAUAUGAAGGAGCAUGACUUAUUUUCCUAGCGUUCCACUAUAGCCAAUAGGAGAGAGGAUGUCACUCUAGUCAGGCUAGAAAUAGCCAGGAGUGGACACAGCAGUGCUACGUCCUAAUAGCAUGGAAUUCCAGGAACAUUCAUAAAACCCCUCCUUUAGCAAAACUUGAAAUAUUUUAUUCAUAAAGUAGUUUGAGAUGAGAGCUUAAUAUAAUGCAAUAUUCAUUAUAAAUAAGGAAAUAAUAUUUUAGCCAUGAAAGAAUAUACAUAGGUUUUUUUGUUCCGUGUGUAGUAUUUUCAACCAAUCACCAGGGUAUUUUGAAUGAUUCUUAUAACUGAACUGUACUGUACUUUAAAGAGGGUGUUAAAGAGGGAUUGUUCUGGAGAUAGAAACACUGGUUGUCAACUAAUCAUGAUCUUACAGUACCAUUUUCAAGAUUUGUCCAGAAGGUCUACUGUAUCGUUGAAACUUGAGUUGUGAAGUUAAGGAGGUAAAAACCUAUUGAGGGUAAAACAACCAUCUAUUGAGGAUGUCAAUAUGAGCAUGACCCCUGAAAGGAUAUGAAGUUGUUUCUAGGAAACCCUGGAUUAGGUAUUACUCCUGAAACCUUAAGGAUUUAGGGUAGGGAAAGGCUUAAAACACGAAUAGGUUUUGUCUCUGAAUGGAUUUGAAUUCACAACCUUUGGAGUCUGAGUCUGUUGUAUGGUGAAUUAUGACUGCCAUGGCCUCUUCAGCGACGGUUAGGGAUAGGUAUGCAUUCAGAUUGGUUGAGUCAGGAUGUAAAGUUAGGGUUAGGAUUAAAGUAUUAUUACUGACUGUUUAUGUUAGGGGACAAGGUUUGAAAAAAAGAAUUAAAAUACAAUUCUUUACUAUCUGUUAAUAUAUUUAAGCUGACAACAUAUGUAGUUACUCUUAACUGCCCUAAUAUCCUGUCUCAUCCACGAUGGACUGCCAUCCAUUAAAUUCUAAUAG